CAACCAAAAUGUUUGCUGGGUCUGAUUCCAGUGUCUGUUUCAGACGAUAUUUUUAUAUUGACUAGUUCUCUCGUAUAUCAGUUAUCAGUAUCGCGUGUGAUACUGUACAUGUAUGCUGUACUGAUACACACUACACGUUAGACAUUACGCAGCAUGCAUGGGGAGGGGGGAGCGCAUCCUACAGGAAACAUAACCUAGCCUAUCUUGGAGUUGUAUAUCAUUGACAUGAUUAAAGUUUCUGUUCUCGCGUAUUAAUCAACGAUUCUCGAGUACAUCUUAAUAAUCUGAAAUAAUGGAUUUACCACAAAUAUUGGUCAUCAGCACAAAGAAGGGAAAGUCUGGGGAGAUCGCUGAAAGCAUAGGUGCGAAACGUUCACCUCAGACAGACAGCGUUGUCGUGGAUUACCUGUGGGAUAUCGACAACAAAUAUUACACGUCACAGGUUUUGAUACGCACCGUAGACCUGUGCGUACCCAACAAUCUCCCAGUGGAAGGAGUCAACGCACUGAUCGUCUACCAUGACCUAGACACCCCAGAUGACCCAGAGAGCGUUGAUCGAGAGCUAAAACAUUUGGCAUCCAUAUUACCUGCAUUAACAACCGCCGAAAUACUAUUAUUUUGCUGCGGCGCAAUAUCUGACGAAUAUCUUGUGCGAGAGAAAUUGGUGAAUUGGUGUCUAUGUAACAAAUUUGAGCUAGUUGAAUUGCAACAAACGGGAGACUCGGAGUCUGACACAGAGGGUAACAAAUACGGCAUCGAACGGAUCGUAGAAGCUUUACAUGCUCACAUAUGGCCCAAUAUAGUACUCAAAGACAAACCAGGCACGGAAGAGACAUCAAAACUAGAUGAAAUUGAAGAACAAUUUGAAAAUAUUCGACUAACGCGCGAUCCUGCCGAGCGGCUGCAGAUGCAACACAUGCUUGAUGGCAUCAUGGGUGACGAAAAUGCAGAUUUUGGGGAACUGUUUGGUCAAUUGAUGGCCAUGAAGGAACACGCGGCAUCUCUGCCGACAAACGCAAGACGCAGAGUGGCGGAGCAAGUGGUCACUGCCUUUUGGAAAGCCAUAGGCGGUGAUCACCUGGAGAUUGAUGAUUAAAUUUAAGAUAAGAGCGUAUCAUUUAUAAUAAUUGUAUAUUAUAUAAUUCUUUGAAAUGCACUCUCUAAAAAUAAUAAGAUGCAAUAAAUCAUAAGCAAGAAAAGGAUGCAUCUCUGUUAGAAAAAUAUGAUGGAAAGGAAAACAUUUUAGGAGAUGUCUCAUAUAGUUUAAUUGUACUGUGUACUAUGUGUAACAAUCUCAGAUGUAUCAUUAAAAUAGGUAUUUGUGUAGUCAUGGAAGAUUCGUGUAAACAUAAUCUCAUAAUUAUGCAUAAAUAAACAUUAAAUUAUGUAGCAUUGUGAUUUCUCCCCAAUAAAAUAACGUAUGAGAAAAAUAAAA